UAUGUCUGUCGGCUAGUCACCCUGCCUGUCUGUCGGCUAGUCACCCUGCCUGUCUGUCGGCUAGUCACCCUGCCUGUCUGUCGGCUAGUCACCCUGUCUGUCGGCUAGUCACCCUGUCUGUCGGCUAGUCACCCUGUCUGUGUGUCUGCUAGUCACCCUGUCUGUCGGCUAGUCACCCUGCCUGUCUGUCGGCUAGUCACCCUGCCUGUCUGUCGGCUAGUCACCCUGUCUGUCGGCUAGUCACCCUGUCUGUCGGCUAGUCACCCUGUCUGUGUGUCUGCUAGUCACCCUGUCUGUCGGCUAGUCACCCUGCCUGUCUGUCGGCUAGUCACCCUGCCUGUCUGUCGGCUAGUCACCCUGUCUGUCGGCUAGUCACCCUGUCUGUCGGCUAGUCACCCUGUCUGUGUGUCUGCUAGUCACCCUGUCUGUCGGCUAGUCACCCUGCCUGUCUGUCGGCUAGUCACCCUGCCUGUCUGUCGGCUAGUCACCCUGACUGUCGGCUUGUCACCCUGCCUGUCUGUCGGCUAGUCACCCUGCCUGUCUGUCGGCUAGUCACCCUGCCUGUCUGUCGGCUAGUCACCCUGACUGUCGGCUUGUCACCCUGCCUGUCUGUCGGCUAGUCACCCUGACUGUCGGCUUGUCACCCUGCCUGUCUGUCGGCUAGUCACCCUGACUGUCGGCUAGUCACCCUGCCUGUCUGUCGGCUAGUCACCCUGACUGUCGGCUAGUCACCCUGUCUGUGUGUCUGCUAGUCACCCUGCCUGUCUGUCGGCUAGUCACCCUGACUGUCUGUCGGCUAGUCACCCUGUCUGUGUGUCUGCUAGUCACCCUGCCUGUCUGUCGGCUUGUCACCCUGUCUGUGUGUCUGCUAGUCACCCUGCCUGUCUGUCGGCUAGUCACCCUGCCUGUCUGUCGGCUAGUCACCCUGCCUGUCUGUCGGCUAGUCACCCUGACUGUCGGCUUGUCACCCUGUCUGUGUGUCGGCUUGUCACCCUGCCUGUCUGUCGGCUAGUCACCCUGCCUGUCUGUCGGCUAGUCACCCUGACUGUCGGCUAGUCACCCUGACUGUCUGUCGGCUAGUCACCCUGCCUGUCUGUCGGCUAGUCACCCUGACUGUCUGUCGGCUAGUCACCCUGCCUGUCUGUCGGCUAGUCACCCUGCCUGUCUGUCGGCUAGUCACCCUGACUGUCGGCUAGUCACCCUGACUGUCGGCUUGUCACCCUGCCUGACUGUCAGCUAGUCACCCUGCCUGUCUGUCGGCUAGUCACCCUGUCUGUCGGCUAGUCACCCUGUCUGUCGGCUAUUCACCCUGCCUGGCUGUCUGCUAGUCACCCUGCCUGUCUGUCUGCUAGUCACCCUGUCUGUCUGCUAGUCACCCUGCCCGUCUGUCGGCUAGUCACCCUGCCUGUGUGUCUGCUAGUCACCCUGCCUGUGUGUCUGCUAGUCACCCUAUCUCACUGAUAGUUACCCUCUUUGUCUGAUAGUCAUCGAGCCUGCCUGUUUCCCAACCACUCUGAUUACCCAGUGAUUGCUUGUCUCUUUAACAAGUCAUCCCGUCUACUAGCCAGCCACCUCACCACCCUGCCUGCCUCAUAUCCAAUCAUCCAGCCAGCCAGUCACUCCACCUGCAUGACGCUACCUGUCAGCAGCCUGAUUUCAGUCACUGUGCUAUCUCCCAAGUGGCUUGCAGCUGGGAGAGCCGCAUGCAAGAGGGGAGGCCGGCUUCACGCUGUGACGAGAGUACCCUAGGUCCUUCAAGGAGGCAUGGAUGAGCCCGAGGCUCAGAUCUGCUGCUCCUUGGUCAUCGAACAGCUCGACAAGUCCGGUCAGUCGGUCCGACGCAAGGCAGUGCGCGACGCGACCCUCAUGCUGGGGAGGAGUGAAGUGCGAGAGCUGCAGCUGCAGGUACUGUGCCCUGGUCGGAGCGCGGAGCGGUUCUGGCUGCGUGAUGCUGUGGUGCACUCGCGCUUCACGCGCGAAGGCAAGGGCGGCCUGCGGCUGCCCCAUCACAGCACGCAGCUGCUUCUCUCAAACUGCCCCCCCGACCGCCUCAAGGCGUUCCUGCGCAUGAUUGCCGCCAAGACCAUGGCGGAGAGUGGAGUGUCAAGCGUUGGCGCCGACCGCAAGCGACUCCUGUCAGAGGCACCCCGCUCCUUCGUCACCGUAAGCCCCCUGUCGGCACGCGACCUGCAGGCGGCCCGCGAGAAAGCACGGCUCGCGCAAGCGGGCGGCGGCGGCAGCUCGGGGGGCGGAGGAGGAGCCCCGCUUGGGGCGAGGCAGCCCCUGGCCACCCGUCCGGAUGGGAACGUUGGGCGAGGAGUUGCCGGGAUGGCGAGCAAGAGGGCACGCAGCCCCCACGGGCAGGUUGAGUCGACCCCCAAGAAACCUCUGAGAGACUGCAGCAUCGCGGGAGCGUCGGAUAACCUGCCAGACCUCCUCAGGGUUGCACGCGUAGGACGUGGUGGUUCGGUGAGCCUCUCGCAAGAGCAGAGGGCCGUGCUGGAAGCCGUUAUGGCCAGGAAGAACAUCUUCUUCACGGGGAGCGCCGGCACUGGAAAGUCGUUUCUACUGCGUCGGAUCAUGGGGACCCUGCCGCCUCUCAGUACCAUCGCCACCGCGAGCACUGGUGUGGCUGCCUGUCACAUCGGAGGCAUGACAUUGCACGCCUUUGCCGGCAUGGGCUCGGGAAUGGGGCCACUGGAGCAGUGCGUGACCAUGGCCAGGCGACCGGGCGUGCUGCAGCGCUGGCGAUCGUGCCACACCCUCAUCAUCGACGAGGUGUCCAUGGUGUCCGCAGACUUUUUCGACAAGAUGGAGGCAGUGGCGCGGACGGUGCGAGGUCGUGACGAGCCAUUUGGAGGGAUACAGCUGGUGCUGAGCGGAGACUUCCUGCAGUUGCCGCCUGUAUCACGAGACCGCACUGUCAAGCGCACCUUCAGUUUCCAGGCCAAAAGCUGGCGGCGGUGCGUGCACCUGGCGAUGGAGCUGACCCAAGUGCAUCGUCAAAAGGACCAGGCCUUCAUUCGGGUGCUGCAGAUGGUGCGGACCGGCAGGUGCACAGACGAGGUCACGCGGUGCCUCGUUGCCACGAAGGACAACGCGAUCGAGAAGGACGGGAUCCUGGCGACGAGGUUGUGCACUCAUCGCGACGAUGUGCAGCUCAUCAAUACUUGUCAGCUGGCCAAGUUGCCCGGUGAGACGCACAUGUUUGAUGCACUGGACAGCGACCCCAGUCAGGCAAAAGCCCUGGAUGCCAUGUGUCCUGUUGAAGCCUCCCUGCAGCUGCGCAGGGGUGCACAGGUGAUGCUGACAAAGAACCUGGAUGUGCAGAGGGGUCUGGUGAACGGCGCACGUGGGGUUGUCACAGACUUCAGCACCGAGAAAUUCGGCCUGCCACUUGUGCGGUUCGCAUGUGGCGUGGUGCAGGCGGUGCAAGUGGAGCGCUGGGUGGUGCGUGCCGGGGGAGGAAACGUGAUCACCCGCAAACAGCUGCCUCUGCGCCUGGCCUGGGCCAUCUCUAUUCACAAGAGCCAGGGCAUGUCUCUGGACUGUGUGGAGGUGUGCCUGGGUCGCGUGUUCGAGUGCGGUCAGGCGUACGUGGCGCUGUCGCGCGCCCGCUCGCUCCAGGGCUUGAGGGUCGUGGACUUUGACCCCUGCGUGGUGCGGGCCGACCCGGACGUGCUGCGUUUCUACGCCGCGCUGCGGCGAGAGGCGCCACUCACGCAGGGUUCCCUCAACAACUGGCUGCAGAGAGAAGAUUCUGAGAACGGCUAACGGAGGCACGGUGCUGGUGUGCCUUGGAUUUACUACGCACACUGGUCAUACCCACCAUAACCAUUUACCAACACUCCAGCAAAGCUCAGUGCUUCUGGCAAAACUCACCUUGGCCUGGGUCUGAGAAUUGCAAACUUACGGGACUCCUGAUGAAUUGUUAAAAUUCUGCAGCAAAAGCGAAGGUUUAAAAAAAAAAUAUAUAUAUCAAAUGCACUAAGUGUUUGAGAUGCCGGUGCAGACAGGCACUUACUGUAAUCAACUGUUACGCUUCAUUACGAGUGAUGCAUUUCAGUUUUAACUCGAGGAUGUGUUCUCUUGGAAGACUGUAUUUUAUACAUAUAUCUGCACAGAUAGUGCUGUUGUCAGAGUAAUUCACCAUCAAACAGAAGAGUUGAAAUCCCAGUCAAGGGUCAAAUCAAGACUAAUUUUUUUUAUAUAAAAUCAGCAUCUUCCUGCUAAAAUGAGUGUUGGGUGGUCUUGUUGGCGGCUCUAAGUCCAUGGUGGAAAUUCUAAAUUCCAGUGAUGUGGUCGGUUUAUCGAUAGAAAACUGUUAACUUCCCACAGGUCACUGUUAAAAUUCCCACAACAUUAAUGUUUUAUAGCCCUGGAUGAAAUGUGCCGAGUGAAAUCACAGUUAGAAUUUUAACCCUCAACCUUCUGAUUGAGUUGAGAACUCUAACGACAGCUAAAACCAGUACAAUGCCUCUUCAUAAACAUACUGAUCAUAUACCGUCGUUAACGAUCUAUGUAUGGUGGCUGGGUGUGCGUAGUGCGGGGCACACCCCCCCCCCCCUGCCAUCACAGUUCUUAGUCACCUGUCUCUUGCGAACAAGUUAGAGAACUAACAUAUGCAGUGCAAAACACCUAAGUUAAGUAUUGACCGUCUAAAGCAUUCGGCAAGGAUGUAAUCUUGUCACUUAGUAAGCGAGGUUGGGCGGUGUUGAUAAAUCAAGAAAAAAUUUGUGGUACGCAGAAACUGCAUGUAUUUCUGCCAGCCAGGAGCAAAGGCGGUUUUGCACAUGACAUCUGCGUCCAUCUGUUUACAUGAGUUUACGCGCGACAAUAGCUCUUGAACGGUGAGCUGAAACUGACGGACGAAUAGAGGACUCGGUUUGUGUUGUUUGAGAUCGUUUUGAAGUUCAAGAGGUUUACAAGACGGCUCGUUAUUUAAUUUGUAGACAAGUUGUGAGAUGAACCGUCCAGAAUGAGCCAUCCUCCCUGUCUGUACGUGAAUUAAGUGUUUCCUGAAAACCUUUCGUCUACAUCAGAAUGCAGCAGCGUACUUGCCUGUAUGGCCAGGUUAUCACCACAAAGUGACAAUGUGCUUUGUUGGGCAGUCUGAUCAGCUUUUAUGCAUGUUUUAAAGCAAAUUAGCAAUUAUGUACAGGCACAUUUAGUUUGUAACAUUUUAUAAUAAAGAUGAACAAGUUA